AUGGCACCAACACUACAACAAGAUACAUUACCAACCAGCCAACAGACUACUACACAAUCAGCCACAUCGAAGGGCUAUGAAAUGGGCACGAGGGGAUCACACAAUAUCGCCAAAGGAGGUGCCCACCCUUUCCCCAUUCCAAAAUUUGCCAACAAAAAGGAAGAAAGAAAAUGGGCUUUGCAACAUAUGGCAGCAGCAUUCAGAGUGUUUGCAAGGAAGGGAUACACUGAAGGUACAGCAGGUCACAUUUCAAUUCGAGACCCAGUCGACCCAACUACAUUUUGGAUCAAUCCAUUGGGAAAACAUUUUGGUUUAAUGAAAGCUAGUGAUAUGGUUCAUGUGGAUGAAGAUGGAAACUUGUUACCAGAUGGUAAUCAAAUUGCUUUGAAUGCGGCUGGCUUCGCUAUCCAUUCAGCAAUUCAUAAAUUGCGUCCUGACGUUCAUGCUGCUUGUCACACUCAUUCGGUUUAUGGUAAAGCAUUUGGAGCAUUGGGCAAGAAAUUGGAUAUGAUCAAUCAAGACGUUUGUACAUUUUACAAUAGCCAUGCCAUUUUCACAGAUUUUGGAGGCGUGGCAUUAGAAGCAGAAGAAGGUAAGAAAAUAGCAGCUGCUUUGGGUAAUGGAAAGGGUAUCGUUUUGCAAAAUCAUGGAUUAUUGACUGUCGGUUCAACAGUGGAUGAAGCAGCUUAUUUAUUUACCUUGAUGGAAAAAUCAUGUCAAAUCCAGUUGGCAGCUCAGCUGGCUUUGUUGCCUGGUGAGUCAUUGAGAUUGAUUGGUGAUGAAGAAGCAGCUUAUUGUGAACAUCAUGAUGGUGAUCCUGAAACUUUGUAUACUGAAUUCCAACCAGAAUAUGAGAUGGAGUUGCAUUUGGACGAUAGCUUCUUAAAGUAG